AUGGAGAUGGCUAACAUGAAGCCAGAGGAGAUUACCCACCCUCCCAUCAUGGAUCAGCUGGCUGGAAUGGAGUACUGUGUAGACUCCAACCCAUCCUGGGGAGGGUGUAUUAUGCUGGGUUUCCAGCAUUUCAUCCUUUGCUUGGGGACGGCAGUGAUGAUCCCCACCUUGCUGGUUCCCCUCAUGGGAGGAAAUGCCCAUGACAAGGCAAUUGUGGUACAGACAGUGCUGUUUGUGACUGGCAUAAAUACACUGCUGCAAACUCUGUUUGGAACUCGCCUGCCUACGGUUAUUGGUGGAUCAUAUGCAUUUGUAAUCCCAGUCAUAUCAAUAAUCAGUGAUCCCUCGCAGAUGCAAAUUGCUGAUGACCACACAAGGUUCAAAGUAGCCAUGAGAGCCAUACAGGGGGCCCACAUAAUAUCCUCCUGCAUUCAGAUAGUGCUUGGCUACAGCCAGUUGUGGGGGUUAUGCUGCAGGUUCUUCAGCCCACUUGGGAUGGUUCCAGUUGUUGCACUAGUAGGGAUUGGCCUUUUUGAGAGAGGAUUCCCAGAGAUUGCAACCUGCGCGGAAAUCGGUCUUCCGAUGCUCGUCCUGUUUGUUGCACUUUCACAAUAUCUGAAGCAUGUACAAAUGUGCCAUUUCCCAAUAUUCGAGAGGUUCUCAGUGCUAAUCUCCAUAGCACUGGUUUGGUUAUAUGCCCAAAUCCUCACUGUCAGUGGAGCAUACAAGCAUAGUCCGGUGCUCACUCAGCUCAACUGCCGAACUGACCGUGCCAAUCUCAUCACAACUGCACCAUGGAUUAGGCUUCCAUACCCGCUGCAGUGGGGUCCGCCAACUUUCAGCGCAGACCAUUCAUUUGGUAUGAUGGCUGCUGUGGUGGUGUCCUUGAUAGAGUCUACGGCAGCAUUUCAGGCUGCUGCCUGUUUGGCAAGCGCGACGCCUCCACCGCCAUUUGUCUUGAGCAGGGGCAUUGGAUGCCAGGGAAUCGGGCUGCUGUUCGACGGGUUAUUUGGUACUGUGAGCGGCUCUACGGUCUCUGUGGAGAACGUCGGUCUCCUAGGAUCAACAAGGAUUGGCAGCAGAAGAGUAAUCCAGAUUUCUGCUAUUUUCAUGAUCUUCUUCUCCAUCCUAGGGCGAUUCGGAGCAUUGUUCGCUUCGAUUCCAUUCAUACUGUUUGCUGCCAUGUACUGUGUGUUGUUUGGCUAUGUUGGUGCUGUGGGGCUCUCCUUUAUGCAGUUCACAAACAUGAACUCGACGCGCAACCUCUUCGCCCUCGGCAUCUCACUCUACCUUGGCAUCUCCAUCCCGAACUACUUCCACCAGUUCACGACGAGCUAUCGCCGUGAACCGGUGCACACUAGAGCUGGAUGGUUCAACGACCUCAUCAACACCGUCUUCUCGUCGCCGGCCACCGUCGGGUUCAUCGUCUCGAUGGUGCUGGACAACACCCUGCAGGCGAGGAACAGAGACAGGGACUGUGGGAUGCCAUGGUGGGCGAGGUUCCGGACGUUCCGCGGCGACAGCCGGACUGUGGAGUUCUACAAUCUGCCGUUCAGUCUCAACCGCUUCUUCCCGGCUUCGUGA